GAGCACCUAGCUUGGACCUGCCCUGCACCAUGGGGCUUUACACUUCAUACUACACGUAUGGUCCACCGACCUUUCUCGUGGUGGUGGUCGCGCUAUACCUCCUAUUCACCGGUUCCGGUGAGGCAUUCAAUGUCGGCCGCUUCCUGGAGGAGACAAGCCCAUAUGCCUGGGCAUCGACAGGCAUCGGCCUGUGCAUUGGACUGAGUGUCCUUGGUGCGGGGUGGGGCAUAUUCGUAACUGGAGCGUCGAUUCUUGGUGGUGGUGUGAGGGCGCCGCGAAUACGGACUAAGAACUUGAUUAGUAUCAUCUUCUGUGAAGUCGUCGCCAUAUACGGCGUGAUCAUCGGCAUCGUCUACUCCGCCAAAAUUACGAGCGUGCCUGAGUCGGAUUUGUACACUCGGGAGAACUACUUCACAGGUUACGCUCUCUUCUGGGGAGGCCUCACAGUAGGCGCAUGCAACCUCCUUUGCGGCGUCUGCGUCGGAAUUACAGGCUCAACCGCCGCGCUGGCCGAUGCAGCUGACCCAGACUUGUUCGUGAAGAUUCUCAUCGUGGAGGUGUUCGGCAGUAUCUUGGGUCUAUUCGGACUGAUUGAUGAUGAUGGGAUGCUAGUGGGUUUGCUCAUGGUUGGCCAGACAGGAGAGUUUGCGGCUGCUUCCCCCCUUGCCGCGUCUGCACGCGCAGUUGCAUCACCAUAUGUGCAUUGA